AUGAACAGCAGUGGCCCUCUCUUCGUCGCCCAGGAGGCUUUGUGUUAUUACCCAAUCAGCACAAUAUAUGACUCGUGCCCGAGGUAUCUCUUUUACGCAUUGCUACUCGCCAGCUGCUUGACCCGAUGGACGGGAUGGUUGGCGGAUGUUUUCUUGGGUGCCGCCGCGACAUAUGCAGGGACCGCUGCGAUACAGUCGUUCAUCUUAGUUGCAAAUCGUCCAACGAGGCAAACCCCCUCGCCUGUAACUAUUCCAUACAUCUCGGAUAAUACGACAUUAUGGGAAAGUUUCCCGCAACUCAUUACGCAAACGGGCGAGGUCAUGAUUCAGCCAGCGGCACUUGAGCUGGAUGGUGACGCUGUUCUCGCGAUCGUCGUCACUGGCUAUCUUGUCUUCCUCCCCCUACAGUGCUGGUCACGAGUUUUGACGCAUGAAAGAGCUCGGAACCUCUUGUUCUAUGUGUGGAAUAUGCUUAUGUUCGCUGGAUCCAUCUGCUGUCUGGUCUUUGCUGGGAAAAAGGACUCGAUCCCCACGCAAUAUAUGUUCUGCUACCCCGAUGUCCCACCACUGCAGCAAACCUCGAGCGAUGGAUGGGGAAAUGAUUGGAGAACGGGAACAUGGAAUGCUAGUGUCUGGAAUAUCUUUUCUAAUAUAUCUCACUGGGGUGCAAUUGGUGACAUUUGUUACAACCCCUGCUUCAAUUCUACGCAGAUCCUCCGAGUGCCAAGCCAAUUACAGUCAUGGGUCGCUUCCAAUGAUUCUGAGUUAGCACAUCCGAAUCGACUCUGGAACAGAAUUAUCUACUCGAAUCGCUACAUCUACAGCCUCAUCGUCAUCUGCCUUGUUUUGAACAUUGUGCAUCUAACAUUCAAAUGGUUGCCAUACAAAUCUCGCAUACCGUCUGCCCAGAUUGUUGUGAUUUGGAAGGAAAAAAAAUCAAUUUAUCAUGCCUUCAGGCAGGAACUUCAAGACGCACUGUCAAUAUCCAGAGAUAAACAAGACGAAAAGAAAGGUGUUAGCGCUUCCACUGGGAAGAAACCUCCCCGAUGGAGCCGCAUUCGACCUUUCUUCACUAUUCGCUUCUUCAGGGCACUCCUGCGCGUACUCGCGGACGCGUUUAUCCUUUUCGGACUACUGUUCAGUAUGAUCAUCAGUCCCCUCACGAUCAUUGCCUUUGUCGCGUGGAUCGAGUGGUGGAUUUACAACGAUGGCCCUUCACAAGAGCAUCCACAACAGGUGGGGCAAUGGUCAUAUCUGGUUUCAAUCGCUCUAUUGCUUGUAUCAGCGGUCAUCUUAUCGCUUAAAUACAAACUAGCGACAAAAUCCGAACUGGAUACUGAGAUUGAGAAGACAAAGACUCAUCUCGAAAAGCUUCAACAAAGGAGGGAUGCUCGGUCGCCAUCUGAGAUUGUCGCGUUGACCGCUCCAGCAAGAGCCGAGGACUGA